CACUGCGCAUGCGCCUUCUGCCUAGCCCUCGUCUGAAGACUGGCAAUCUCUGAGCCGGAGUCGCGCACUCCCGGGACUGUCGGCCGGGGUCUGUCUUCUCUACUCAGCGCAGCGUCGCGUCGAGUCCCCAGAGAGCUCCGCAGGGGGUGGGGAGAUAUACAAGAAUUAAAUUCUGAAUAAGUCUACAGGUAGGAUGGACAGUUAUUUUAAAGCAGCUGUCAGUGACUUGGACAAACUCCUUGAUGAUUUUGAACAGAACCCAGAUGAAGAAGAUUAUCUUCAAGAUGCAAAAAAUGCAUAUGAUUCUAACUAUUGUUCAGUUUCUUCAGAGUUGGCUUCUUCCCAGCUAACUUCACUGCUGCCAAAGGACCAACAUUGCAUUAGUAGUUGUGCCUCGUCAGAAACAUGCCAUGAAGUAAAUGAGCUUUCCUUGAAUGGAAAAACUCUUGAGGGACUAACUUGUAUGCAAAAUGAAAAAAAUUUAACAGGACUUGAUCUUCUUUCUUCUGUGGACGGUAGUACUUCAGAUGAAACCCAGCCUUUACACAUGAGACAAUGUAGUAAACCUGUCUGUGACUUAAUAAGUGAUAUGGGUAACUUAGUUCAUGCAACUAAUAGUGAAGAAGAUAUUAAAAAAUUAUUGCCAGAUGAUAAUAAGUCUAGUGCACAUUUUUUGACUGAAUCGGAUUCAUCUUCAGUUUCAGAUACUCUGUGUGUUUCCUCAACAGACCAUGCUAGUGAUACUGUCAGAGAAGAACAGAAUAAUAUCAGCUCUGAAUUACAAAAUAGAGAAACUGGUGGAACCAAAGAAUUGGGUAAAGUAGAUACAGUUCUUUCAGAUUCUUGUAAAUACAGCGAAACAGAAAAUUUAAAGGAUAAAAAUAUCUCUAGUCAGUUAGAACCAAUUGUUGAUUUUAACAUGUCACCUGCUUUGACUCACCAAAGUUCCAAAAUGUUUGAUGCCAAAGAUAACCUGCAACACAAGAGUCUGCCAUGUGAAUUAUUAAAAGAUGAUGACUAUUUAGUAAAAGAGGAGAUAGAUAUGGCAGCCAUAACUGCCACAGAAUGUUUAAAAGAAGGAGGUAGUACCAGUGGUUUGCCUUGCAAAAGUUUUCUAAAAAAUGAAGAUUUAUGCUUAAAUGACUCAAAUUUAAGAGAUGAAAAUUUCAAAUUACCUGACUUUUCCUUUCAGGAAGAUAAAACUGCUAUGUUUAUAAAACAAUGUAGAAAAAUAGACUCAAAAAACUUAGACCUUACAGAUAAUAAUGAUAUAAUCCAAGAUUCCUCUUCAACUUUACAUGUUUCAAGAGAAGGUGUACAUUCUUCAUUAUCCUGUCUUUCAUUGUCUGGGUCUUUGUGUGGAUCAUUAAUUGACAGUAAAGCACAUGGUGAUUCUUUACCUCAGAAUGAACCUAAAGACCAUAUACAAGAUGCAGCGACUAUGCACGAAGAAACGCAAAAGAGUGUUGUUCUAGAUGGGGAACCAUUCAGGGUGACUGAUCUUUUGAAAAAGGAAAAAUGUAAAACCAUACUUCUUCAGCCAGUAAAUGAAAAGAGGGAGGAUGGAAAGGUAGAAUCUGAGCAGAUGGUAAUCAGAGUUGAAUCUUUGGAUUACCCCGAAAACACCAAUUCUUCCAUAGCUGCUGAAUCUCAAAUGGAGCUUUCUGGUGCUCAUGCCCUAGAGUCUCCUGAUCGUUGCGAAGGUUUCGCUUUUUCAAGCAAUGAUAUGGAUGGGCAAGAUUUAGAUUACUUUAAUAUUGAUGAAGGCAUGAAAAGUGGUGCACUAAUUAGUGAUGCUGAACUUGAUGCCUUUCUGACAGAACAGUAUCUUCAGACCACUAACAUAAAAUCUUUUGAAGAAAAUGUAAGUGAUUUAAAAUUUCAAAUGAAUCAGAUAGAUGUAAAAGGCUUAGAUAAUGGAAAUGCCAGUGAUACAUAUUUCAAUGCCGAAGCAGGAGCUACUGGGAAAAGUGAUGGCAUUAACUUGAUAUGUGAAGCAGUUGAUAAACAAAAUACAAGAGAAAAUGGUGGCUUUUCUAUAGGGGAAAAAGGCACAAUUCCAAUUGAACAAGGGUUACCUAUCAGUAAGACUGAGGUGAUGAAUGAAUUACCAGUCUCUGAUACCAACAGUCAAUCUAUUCAUGUUGGGGGAGCUAGACCUAAGCAAUUGCUUAACCUUCCAUCAAGAAUAAAAAGUUCAAAGGAACUGAACAAGCCAGAUGUUCCAAAUAUACCAGAAAGUGAACCUAGCAUAGCAAAUACGAUUGCUGCAAAUACUGGUACUAUAGAUUCUACAACUGAUCCUCAGGUUAAUUUCAACUCUAAUUAUAUUGAUAUAGAAAGUAAUUUUGAAGGUAGAUCUAGUUUUAUAGCUGCAAAUGAAGAUUCUCUACCUGAAAACACUUGCAAAGAAGGCUUGGUUUUGGGCCAGAAACAACCCACUUGGAUUCCUGAUUCAGAAGCUCCAAACUGUAUGAAUUGCCAAGUGAAAUUUACUUUUACAAAACGGCGACAUCAUUGCAGAGCAUGUGGGAAAGUAUUUUGUGGUGUCUGUUGUAAUAGGAAGUGUAAACUGCAGUAUCUAGAAAAGGAAGCAAGAGUGUGUGUAAUCUGCUAUGAGACUAUUAAUAAAGCUCAGGCAUUUGAAAGGAUGAUGAGUCCAACUGCUUCUAGUCUUAAAUCUAAUCAUUCUGAUGAAUGUGCUACCAUCCAGCCUCUUCAAGAGACCCAAACAUCUAGCAUACCUUCACCUACAACUUUGCCAAUCUCAGCACUUAAACAACCAAGUAUUGAAGGACUGUGUUCCAAAGAACAGAAAAGAGUAUGGUUUGCAGAUGGCAUAUUGCCUAACGGUGAAGUUGCAGAUACAACAAAAUUAUCAUCUGGAAGUAAAAGAUACUCUGAAGACUUUAGUCCUCUCUUACCUGAUGUGCCUGUGAAUGUAAACCCAGUGGAUCAUACCCAUUCUUCUACAUUGGAGAAAACAAACAGUGAGAUAGGAGAUAUUGCAAGAAAAGAAAUAAUUCGGACUCCUAUUUUUCAUGUUCCAUCUGUGGAAAAACAGCCUGUAAACACAGGAACUGAGGGGAUACCUACUUCUGGUUCUUUUGCACUAGCUGAUGAUGUUUUUGCAGAAAUUGAGGAACCAUCUGUUCUUCCUAGUGUCAUGGUUAAUAGCAAUUUACCUGUCACUAGUAUUUCAGAUUAUAGAUUAUUGUGUGGUAUUGAAAAGUAUGUUUGCAAUAAAAUUAGUCUUUUACCUAAUGAUGAGGACAGUUUGCCUCCACUUCUGGUUACAUCUGGAGAAAAGGGAUCAGUAGAAGAACACCCAUCUCAUGAGCAGAUCAUUUUACUUCUUGAAGGCGAAGGGUUUCAUCCUGUGACAUUUGUCCUAAAUGCUAAUCUGCUCGUGAAUGUCAAAAUAGUAUUUUACUCCUCAGACAAAUACUGGUACUUUUCAACCAAUGGAUUGCAUGGCUUGGGACAGGCAGAAAUUAUUAUUCUGUUGUUAUGUACACCAAAUGAAGAUAAAAUUCCUAAGGACAUCUUCAGACUAUUCAUCACCAUAUAUAAGGAUGCUUUAAAAGGAAAAUACAUAGAAAACUUGGACAACAUUACCUUUACUGAGAGUUUUCUGAAUAGCAAGGAUCAUGGAGGAUUUCUUUUUAUUACACCUACUUUUCAGAAACUUGAUGAUCUCCCAUUGCCAAGUAAUCCUUUUCUCUUUGGAAUUCUUAUCCAGAAGUUAGAGAUUCCUUGGGCAAAGGUUUUUCCUAUGCGUUUAAUGUUGAGAUUGGGUGCAGAAUAUAAAGCAUAUCCUACUCCUCUUACAAGUAUCAGAGGCAGAAAACCUCUUUUUGGAGAAAUAGGACACACUAUUAUGAACUUACUUGUUGACCUUCGAAAUUACCAAUAUACCUUGCAUAAUAUAGAUCAGCUAUUGAUUCAUAUGGAAAUGGGAAAAAGCUGUAUAAAAAUACCUCGGAAAAAAUACAAUGAUGUAAUGAAAGUGAUAAAUUCUUCUAAUGAGCACGUCAUUAGCAUUGGAGCUAGUUUUAGUACAGAAGCAGAUUCUCAUCUAGUCUGUGUACAGAAUGAUGGUGUUUAUCAAACACAGGCCAGUAGUGCCACUGGCCAUUCUAGAAAAGUGACAGGUGCAAGUUUUGUGGUAUUCAAUGGCGCUCUAAAAACAUCUUCAGGAUUCCUUGCAAAGUCCAGUAUAGUUGAAGAUGGCUUAAUGGUACAGAUAACUCCAGAGACCAUGGACGGUUUGCGGCUAGCUUUACGAGAGCAAAAAGACUUUAAAAUUACCUGUGGAAAAGUUGAUGCAGUAGAUCUAAGAGAAUAUGUGGAUAUCUGCUGGGUAGAUUCUGAAGAAAAGGGAAACAAAGGUGUUAUCAGUUCAGUGGAUGGAAUAUCAUUACAGGGAUUUCCAAGUGAAAAAAUAAAACUGGAAGCAGAUUUUGAAACUGAUGAGAAGAUUGUAAAGUGUACUGAGGUGUUUUACUUUCUAAAAGACCAGGAUUUAUCUAUUUUAUCAACUUGUUACCAGUUUGCAAAAGAAAUAGCCAUGGCUUGUAGUGCUGCACUCUGCCCUCACCUGAAAACACUAAAGAGUAAUAGAAUGAAUAAAAUUGGACUCAGAGUUUCUAUUGACACUGAUAUGGUUGAAUUUCAGGCAGGAUCUGAAGGUCAACUUCUUCCUCAGAAUUACCUAAAUGACCUUGAUAGUGCUCUGAUACCUGUGAUCCACGGUGGGACCUCCAAUUCUAGUUUAUCGUUAGAAAUAGAAUUAGUAUUUUUCAUUAUAGAAAAUCUUUUUUAGUGGAAGAAUGUGCUGUAUUAUAUAUUGCAAACUGUUUUGUUAAAAUUAACUCUAGCACUAAAGCUGAAAUGCCACAAACACUAAAAGUAAAUAUUUGAUGUUUGAAACAUAUAAGCUUUGCUUUUUAGGCAGGAAUGAUCUUUUAAAAUCAUUAGCACAAUAUUUAAAUACCUAAAAAUUUAAGUGAUCCACAGUUUUUGAAGCUUUACACUUAAUACAUGUACUAAAAUGACAAGGAUUCCUUAUACCUUGAAGAAAUCUGUAGCAUUUACAGCAUUAUUUAAAUGCUAAGCCAAAGUGUCUGCACUUAGUUAUACCUCUUUAUACCAAGAAUGAUUUUAAUGAAGGCUCUAUUCAGAUGUAACCUUAUGAAGGAAAUGUCUGUUUUGUGUAUAUGCCAGUUAAGAUACUGGUUUCUAAAGUCUGUUAAAAAUGUAUUUCAAUGGCACAGACCAGUUUCAAGAUCUUUGACUUAUGAUUCUUUGAAUAAAACUGAUAACUUAUUUGUAUAAUUGGAGUGGAGACCUCCCUCCAUAAUUAGAUAAACUCUUGAUUGUUUGGAUUAAUUGCCUUUUUUCUUCUCACUUAUUUUAUAUAUAUAUCAUUUUCUUGAUUAAAUGGGUAUUCUUAAAAUGAUUAUGGGUGCUUUAGGGUUUUGUGCUUCUAUAUUUAAGUAUUUGUUUUUAUAGCAACUUAUGAUUCAGAAUGUUUUAUAAGAAUAAUUUAUAAAUAGGCAAUAUUUUUGUAUCAUAGUGCAUUAUUUUUUUCUCCUUUACUUUGAAAGUAUACCACUGUAUUUAAUACUUCUACCACUGAUUAACAAAAGGCCAGAGUACCCCUCAAAUAGUCAGUAUGUAGCAAUAUAUUAAGCCUGAAACAAGUUAUUUUUUCCCAUGUUAAUUCUUAGAAAUAUCUUGACAACCUUACAUGUUUUCAUUGACACCAGUACAUUAUCAAUUUUAAUGAACUAAUUACUUUUACGUAUUUUCAAUUCUUUAUAUAAUAGUUUUUUAUAAUAGAAUAUUGAAUGAAGUUUAAGUCUAUGUUUUUGAAACUAUUGUAGCGCUUUCCCUUUUACUGCAAACAUUUAAAAAGAAGAAGAAGAAAAGAAAAAGGGCAUAUAUUAUUCCUGUCAUUUAAGUUAUAUAAAAUCAAUUAUUUUAAUGCCUUUUUUAUUUGUAUGUGUAAUAUAUAUAUUUUUUGUAUCAAAAACACUCAUUGUAUGUCUGAAGGAAAAGAAACUACACUAAAUAACCCUGUAAUAAGAAAAAUAUUUGUGAAGCACCUCUUAUAAAUUAAAUCGAGUCUAUAACUCAGGAUCUGAGGUCUCGUGCUAGGAGAGACCAAGAAUUUUAAUGUUUGGGCAUCUGGUUCCACUGGAUCACAUCUGUGGUACUAGCCAAAGACACAAUUUGGAGGAAAAUAUCAUUCCUCUGGAAAUCACUAGUUCAUAACAGUGUAAAUGUUACAGAUGUUAAAUAAAAUGGCAACAAAUUAUAACUUGUGAAAUUUAUUGAACUGGUGUAAGAUAAAGACAAUUACAUAUGAAACUCAAUUUAUGUUUUCUUUAUUUAGUGUGUUUGUUUUGCAGUAUAGUCUACACUUAUUUUGUGAUGUAAUUGCAGAAUUUAUAAAUACUAAAGUUUCCUUAAAACAUCCAAAGGGUAGAAGGGUCUUCUAUGAUGGGAUAGUUUUGGAUUUGUUUUUAUAAAGCCUCUACCUUCAAUAAAAAUUGGAAUUCUAUACCCAAGGUUUGAAGGCACAUUUUAAAGUAUUCUUUAUAGACAUAUAUUUCUGAAAGCAUUUGCUACUUAUUUGGCCAUAUUCUUCACAUUGGUACUAAAGUUGGAUUUUUAAUUUUUUUUAAAGUAAAGAAAUAGAAUGGUUCUUUAUACUCACUCUACAAUGAUCUAUUUUUAUCGAUUACCUUUUAUUACUACUCUCUUUUUUCUGAAUUUUGAAAUCUGAAGUAAAAUGUAGCCUACUGUUGUAUACAACUAUUAGCCAGCAAACUGUGUGUGUGUUUGUGUACAUGCUAUGUGCAGAGCACUUUAUUAGGUCAUUGGUUAAAAAUGAAUAAACAGUUCUUUCCCUCUUGGAGCUAAAUGUAUUAAACAGAGGAUUAAUGUGUAGCGAAAGUUUUAGAUUGCUGUGAUAGACAUGAAUCUUGACUAGGUGAUUGUGAAACAACUGAGGAGGCAGCCAAACCAUUAAUGAGAAGGCAUCAGAGAACCUAUUAAAUUCUGGGCAGUGAAGUUGGCAAAAGCUGAAAAUCUGAAAAAUCUGUAAUAUUGUAGAAAGACUCAAUUUCCUUUCUAAAUCAAUUUAAACCAGUCUUUGGUGUUGUGUGGAUGUUUCAUCUUAUGAUUUAAUUAUAAAAGUAGUAGCCUGACUAUGGUUCUCAGCUGCCUAGGUGUAUAGCAAUCUAGAUUUAGGUAUUGUUCAUAAACAAAGAACAGAGCAUUUAUUUUUUAAUAGCAAGCAUAACUUUCAUGAUGUGACUCAAAUUUUAAAAGAAAAUAUCUUGAAAUAAAACAAACUUCCAACUAA